UUCUGCAGGGCGCCGCGCUGGAGGAGCAGAUCGUCAUCGGGACGCCGGGGACGAUGCUGGACUGGUGUUUCAAACGGAGAGUCAUAGACGUGAAGAAGAUCGGCAUGUUCGUGCUGGAUGAAGCCGACAUCAUGAUCGACACUCAGGGCCUCUCCUAUCAAAGCAUUCGCAUUCAGAGGGCUUUACCCAAGGGCUGCCAGAUGCUGCUGUUCUCGGCCACCUUCAAGGAAACCGUGCGGGCGUUCGCCGUGCAAAUAAUCUCCAACCCCAUCGUGAUAAAGCUGCGCGAGGAAGAGCUCACCCUGAGCAACAUCAGGCAGUACUUCUUCGUGUGCAGGAGCCGGGAGGAGAAGUACAGAGCCCUCUGCAACGUCUACGGCAGCAUCACCAUCGGCCAGGCUAUGAUCUUCUGCCAG